CACCGGUGCACCACGGGGUGCGCAUUCAAACUGACCAGCGCGUCUCUGAGAGCGCAGACAGCUUCCUCUCUGCACAUCCUCACCGAGCAGAGCAGCAUCACUGCAGCCGACCACGAGUCACGGUGUCGACGAGCUGCAGAGAAGAAGUAGAAGAGGAGGAAGACGAGGGAGGUGAUGUUCUCCUCUCGGGUUUGAGUCUGACAGCAGCAGCGCCUCCUCCAUCGGAUAAUAUCCACCAACGAUCCUAAAGCAAAAAGAACAAGCAGCUCCUCUUCUUGCUCUGCUCCGCGUGGCUAUCGUCGCUCCUCAGUGCCAUGGCCUUCACUCUGUCAGAGAUCAUGGCAGCGCGGCGGCAGCAGCAGCAGUCUCAGGCCCACACUCCCAGAGGCAGCAGGGCGGCGGUGGAGGUGGACGAGUACAGCACCAACCCCACCCAGGCCUUCACCUUCUACAACAUCAACCAGGGACGCUUCCAACCGCCACACGUCCACAUGGUGGAUCCUAUGCCCCACGACACCCCCAAGCCACCUGGCUACACCCGCUUCGUCUGCAUCUCAGACACUCACUCUCGCACAGACUCCAUCCAGAUGCCGUACGGUGACGUGUUCAUCCACGCCGGGGACUUCACCGAGCUGGGACUGCCCUCUGAGGUCAAAAAGUUCAACGACUGGCUAGGUACCCUCCCCUAUGACAUAAAGAUCGUCAUCGCCGGAAACCACGAGUUGACCUUUGAUCAGGAGUUUAUGGCUGAUUUGAUCAAGCAGGACUUCUAUUACUUCCCCUCGGCGUCCAAACUGAAGCCAGAGAACUACGAGAAUGUCCAGUCGCUGCUCACCAACUGUAUCUACCUGCAAGAUUCCGAAGUCACCGUGAGGGGCUUCAGGAUCUAUGGCUCUCCCUGGCAGCCCUGGUACUACGGCUGGGGCUUCAACCUGCCGCGGGGUCAGGCUCUGCUGGACAAGUGGAACCAGAUCCCCGACAACACGGACAUCCUGGUCACACACUGCCCCCCACUGGGAUUCCUGGACUGGGUACCGAAGAAGAUGCAGCGUGUCGGAUGCAUGGAGCUGCUCAACACGGUGCAGAGGAGAGUGCAGCCCAAGUUACACGUGUUUGGACACAUUCAUGAAGGUUACGGGAUGAUGACGGACGGCACCACGACGUUUGUCAACGCCUCAGCCUGCACCGUAAACUUCCUGCCCAUGAACCCCCCUAUCGUUUUUGACCUACCAAACCCUCGGACCACAUGACUAGAGGACGCUCCCCCCGAAACCCCUCCAGCCAAUCAGGAGAAAGGAGCCCGGAAAGGUAGGUGAGGUCGGUGGGCAGCGCGAACCGAAAUCUGUAAAUACGUCACAGGGGUGUGCGUUCGCCGCGACACGGACUGUGUGGAGAUGGAGUGGAGGAACUUUUGACGUUUUUGUGCCAACAUUUUUUCAUCUCCAUGCUGAGGGUAAGGAACAAGAGGAAAGAGCGUGGCAAACAGAUGUUUUUCUGCACUCUCUUACUGCAAUGACAAUCUCCUGGAUGUCUCUGUCGGCCUUUUUCACAAACUUGAAGUUGAACAACGAUGAUGCUUUUGCAGGAAAGUUUUGGUUUUGCAGGAGGAUUUUCUUCUUGUUUUGAACAUUAAUUCUCCAUCUUUCUUCCUCCUGUUUCUCUCUCGUCCUCGGGCAUGUGUGCGUUAUUUUUCUCUUUUUUUUUUUGAGCGUAUGUGUGAGAUCAAAGCGAGCGUGCGAGGGCAGCGAGAGGUCUCUGCCAGGGGCGGUUAGAGAGUCAGGGUGUCAAACAUGUUGACACUGCUCCCCUGGGCCUCAUUACAGCCCUCAUAAGCCUGUUAACCGGCCGAGAGGAGGAAACCACGCGCUGCAGUUCCUCCUUUUUUAUCCUCUUUUUCCUCUCGAUAUUUCACGCUUUGAAGCUCCGGUUUUUAACGAGGAUUUCAGGCUUUUUGGACUUGCAUAGCACUCAGUGCUCCUUCUAGAUUGUUCCUGAUUCAUAGAAGAGAUUGAACAUUUUAUCCUUUUAAAGAGGCUGUAACUAAAUGUACUGUAACUGGUCGAUGUAAAUGUUCUGUCAUUGUAAAGAAGAUUUGAAGAUUUCCAAGUUGUUGCAAUGCUUUUCAAAGAAUCCUUGUUAAUAUUUGUGUGGUUGUAAGAUUUCUUUUGCUCUUUCCAAGUAAUAUAAAUGUGUUUUUCUUCUCUGUGAAGCAGGUCGGCUCCAUUCUGGACAUAAUUAACCCUUCAUGUCCUGUGUUUUUCUCUCUUUUAUUUAUUCUGAAUUUUUCCUGAAUGAGUAAAUUCUCCGUGAGCAUCUGAAUGUGCUCCACAUAAGAGGAGCACGCCAAACUUUGAUCUCCGUGCUCUCCGACAUUAUGUUUGAACGCUCCCCGGGGCUGCAGUUUACUCGCUUCACUCUCGCCUCCUCAGCACAUCAGUGCUCAUUCCGCCGCCUGAUGUCUUAAUGUUUAAGGAACGAGAGGAAGCGAGGAGCAGAAUUUAACACGGAGAAAAACACCGUGUCUGUGGAGAAAUGUGGGAGGUGGUGCAGCUGUUAAAGUGUGCACAUUGAUGCUGACUGUCUGUUAGAUUUAUGCAAACGAGACGCUGAGCAGUUUAAGACCCUAUAAAGAGACGGCACAUUGGCUGUUCAACACUAUUUAUUGUAAAACUUAUGAGUUAAGUCUAAUAAAAGAUAGGCUGAAGGUGCUGUACAUGAGACUGCUGCUUAAUGAAGUAAAUGAAUGUACAAAAAGCAACAAAGUAUUAAAAAAAUAGGAUUCCAAAAAAGUUGGGAUGCUGUAAAAUGUAAA